CAACAAUUGAUCAAAUUUUCAAAGUGGAACUUUCGUACAUUUGAAACGUACUUUCGAAAUACACAGAUAGUUUCAUUAAUAAGCUAUCUCAUGUCUUCUCACGUAAUCAGAGAAGGUCAUGUUUGUUCCUAUGAUCGAGCAUUAACAACAAAUGACACAGUAAUUUAUCAACGUUGUGAAUUAAACAGCUCAUCCACAAAUGAAAUAUUAAACCAAGAGACUAUGAAUCGUGAAAAACAGGAAGAUAAACAGACGUUCAAGCAAAUGAUCAAUAAGUUGUUUUUAGAUACAAAUGUUACACAUACAGAUGAAGUAACAAGGACGAAGAAGUACCGAAAAACUCCAAUCAAUGAGAGAGAUAACAAUAUUACUAAAAUAAUAACUAAGCAUGUAAGUAAUCAAAAAAAUGAAAGGACAUGUAAUUCUCAGUUUCAGAACAAUAAUGAUAAGCCGUUAACCGAGAAAGCGAAGGAAAAUUCUAUCCAAGUAAGUGAUAAAUUACAAGGUUAUUUUCAUUUAUCUGAAAACAUUAGUAAAUUAGUAGUCGCAUUCUGCUCACAACAGUCCUUCUUCGACCAAGUAUCAAGGUCAAAUGUGAUUAGCCCUUUGACGUAUUUACUCUGGAGAUGAGUGGAGAAUUGGCGAAAACCUUGUAAUCUUUAAUUUAAUCCUUGGUUUUUCAAUUACUAACUAAUAAGUAACUUAGUCUUAUCUUGGUUAUACAUAUACUAGAGUUGAAAAAGGUUAGGUGAUUUAUAGUUUCAAACAUUUCUAAGUGGAAAACAAUGUUUAAGAAAGCUUCGAUUGAUCUAACACUGAUUAGCCGUCCGCCAUAAGUCAGUUUACCGUAGAUAAAUUUAAUGUUUCAUUUCAUUUUUUCGAAAAUGGUAUAUUUAAACGAAGAAACUGUUUUCAAAAUACACUACUGAUUUUCUGAAUUCAUAAAGGUGUGGCAUCGACUUUAAUAUCAGGAAUACAUGGAAGUUAAGGUGGAGGAGAGGGAAAAACACAAAAGAGAACAUAUUCUUAAAAAAAGGUUAAAUUCUGAUAACAAUAAAUGUAGUACAAUAUAUAUUUGAAAAAAUAAAUAGGGAAACCCUUAAAAUGAAUAUAUUCUUACACAAAACUCGUCUGAAUUUCCAUGAAAAUUAGAUUGCAGAUAAAAAAUCACGUGAUCAGACAUUAUCAAACUGGUUAAGAGCUAAAGUUUUACAAAGAAAAAGUGAAGAGGAAAUGAGACGAUAUGAAAAUGAAGAACAACAACAUCUGAAUGUUGUGCAUUCCAGAGAGGCAUGUGAGCAGGCAUUUAAACAGUGGCUGAAGAGAAAAAAUCGUGAGGCGAAAGAACAAAAACGGAGGGCGAAAGAGCGGAUGAAAAUCACACGACAGUUAAUGAGAGGUAAUCAUGAUUGGCAACAGUUCAUGAAAAACAUCCGAAAAUUCGACGUAUUUAAGAUCCUACUUUGAGCAAAAAUAUUUAAUCCAUUACGUGUUGCACAAUGCAUGUGGUUUCGACAAGUCGAAGCAGAAAUCAUUUUCACGUUCAUUUUUACUCAGUACGCGUUCGAAAUGUUGAAAAUUAGGGUGAGAAUAUUCGAUAUGUUUUAUUGUAACACAAAAUAUGAAGUACUUUCUUAUUAAUA